CGAAUAGAACCCGAUUAUCAUAGGACAUCAAAUCCUAUUUAGUCGGGUCGGAUUAUGAGGUUGGCAAUAACCCCGCAACAGUGCGGGCCCACUGGCGGAAGGGAUGAGCGGGUUUUUAGCGUUAAAAACUGAUUUUGCGUGGUGAGAUAGCGAGAUGCUCAGAUGGCCGCUUUCCCAAAGUUGAGGUGGGGCGAAUGUGAAGGUACAUGCUGACAUCCUCAACCCUAAAAUCGGUGGCAACUUUUAUUAGCAAAAAGAAAAAGCUGGGGAGAUUCAGAGAAUUGGUAUCAAUGUCGGUAAUGGAAAACCAAACAGAGGACAAAGUCUUUUUUCACUAUAAUCACACCGACUCCUGCAAUUCUUCAAGGUGGACUGCCAGGGAGAGCUUCCAAUUCAUGUAUGAGCGACCCUGGCAGGAUGUUGUCGAUUUCUAUUCCAAUGUGGUCAACGCCCGCUUGACCUUAUCCAAUUUGUUCGGCAAUGGCGCUCAGACAUGUAUUCAUGUUGAUGAUGAUUCUAAAACAUUAGAGUAUUGUGAUGAGAAGGCAGAAAGGAGUGGCAGAUGGGGAAGAGUAACAUUCAAGAUAACUGUUUCAUACAGUGGAGGUGCGUUUGAUGGAUGGCAGAAGCAGCCUGGUAUGAACACUGUGCAGGAAAUAGUUGAAAGAUCUCUUGGGAGAUUUGUUGAUGAGAAGAAAGCACAACUUUUGACAGCAAAAUCUAAACCACUGGAAGGUUGUGCCGUGGUUGCUGGGCGCACUGACAAAGGAGUGUCUGCUAUUCGGCAAGUUUGUUCUUUCUAUACUUGGAGAAAGGAUGUAAAACCUUGUGAUAUUGAGGAUGCGAUAAAUAGUGUAGCACCUGGAAAACUCAGGGUUGUGUCAGUUUAUGAGGUUUCACGUGUAUUCCAUCCUAACUUCUCUGCAAAAUGGAGGCGCUAUUUGUAUAUUUUUCCUUUGAGUGAUCAAGAAAUUGAGAAGCAAAGCUGUGGGAAUGAGAAGGAAGUCGAGAAUUUUAGUUCUGAUGGAAAUUGUGAAGAGCCAAGAAAUGGGUGUUUUAAAAGCAUUAGUUGGGAAAAUGUUGAGAACUUAAUUAUCAGCAAUAAUAAUAAGGGGCUUGAGGCAGCAAACAAGCCAACCAGAUUCAGUGUAUGCAGGGUUAAUCAGCUACUACGGAAACUAGAAGGAAAAUUAUUAUCAUACAAAAUGUUUGCACGUGAUACCAAAGCGUCUAGAAACAUAAUCAUGGGAAGGAAGGAAGUUAUGUGUGUUGAGCUGGUUGCUAAUAGAUUCCUACGUAAGAUGGUUCGUGUGGCUGUGGCAACCUCAAUAAGGGAAGCCGCUGCCGGAGCAGAAGAAGAUGCAUUGCUAAAACUGAUGGAGGCUACCUGUAGACGGGCCACGGCACCCCCUGCCCCCCCUUAUGGGCUAUGUCUUGUUGAUGUUGGAUAUACUGAAUUUGACCCACAAAAUUUUCUUAUACGUUAAGGUAUGUUAGCUCAAGGAUUUACAUAGUUUAGUUUGCAAUAUGAAGUAGCUAGGCACAUAGAGUUAAGAACUCAUAAUUUUAGAUUACUUGGGAUUUCCAGAGAGAAAUAAUAUCAUCUAAGCAUGUAAGAAAAUGUAAGCAUAAUUUAUUUUCUUAGCCCUACGAUAGCUGUGAACUCGUUCUUUAACAUGAAUAGCUAAAAUUAAUAUUUAUAUUUUUUUAUAUUCGAU